AUGCAUCCUGACUGGCAAGAUCAAGCACGCUCAGAAGUACAACAAGUCUGUGGAAAUUGCCAUCCAAAAUUUGAGACAGUAAACAAACUAAAAACUUUGGGAAUGAUUCUAAACGAGGUGAUCCGGCUUUACCCACCAAUUGCUGUGUUUCGUAGAGAAAUCCACAAGGAUACAACACUAGGAGGAAUUGCAAUCCCUAAAGGCACGCAGGUCAUCUUUCCUACGCUUUCAUUCAAUCACGAUACAUCUCUUUGGGGAGAGGAUGCAAAUGAAUUUAAGCCUGAGAGGUUUAGUGAGGGAAUAACUAAGGCUGCUAAGGAUGACUCUGCUGCAUUUAUCCCUUUUGGAUAUGGAUUGAGGUCGUGUGUGGGCAAAAAUUAUGCUAUGCUUGAGACCAAGGUUGCGCUUGCCAUGAUUUUGCAACGCUUCUCGUUUGUUCUUUCUCCAGGUUACGUCCAUGCACCCACAUCGUUUGUGACAAUGUUUCCUCAGCAUGGAGCUCCGAUCAUUCUUGAUAACCUGCAUUCAGAUGAAAGCACGGUUUGA